AAUAAUAAUGUUUCGACUCUGUAACGCGUAUUGUGUACAUAAGAUACGGUAGCUACGGCAGCAGCAGCGGCUCUAUCCGCACGACAGCCCUGAGAGCAGCGCUGUCGCGAGCGCCGACGGCAGUGGCAUAGUCCGAGGCCGGUCCGCCGAGCAGCGCGGCGGUCGGACGGUUGCAAGAGACGGGAGCGCGGCGCGCGCUCACACACGCGCACGCGAACGGGCGCACGACGACGGUGCACGCCGCUAAACACCAACGACAACAACUACGCGCUCGCGUCGGCCCGUUUGUGAGCCGUCGGGCGCGGUGUGUCGUCACCCGUCAUCGGCGGUCGUCACUUCUCACGUCAGUCCGCUCUCGUGCACCGUGCGUACGAAACUUCGGACCUCCGCCGCACACGCACACGCGCCGUCCGCGGUCUCGGUAGUUCCGUCGCGUAUUUCGCAUACACGAUAAUAUAAUAACAUUAAAACAUCGUCGUCUCCUGCUAAGUUUUGCAUUUUUGGUUUUUUAUUUUUAUUUUUUUAUCGUUGUUUUAUUUUUUUUUAUUUAAAAUUUUUCAAAAGUGAAACGGGCGCGAUCAUAAUUCUCCCAACGGAUUUUUUUUCACCGCAAGCUUAUAUGCGUCCGUACUUGAAUUUUUUUUUUUUGUUCGACGCUCAAAAGAAUCCUCGGCCGUUCAUGAUCGCGUCGUCGUAAUAAUCGCUCGCGCGCCUCGUCUGGCGGUUAAGCGGCAGCGAUUUAUAUAUAAAUAUAAAUAAUAUAUAUAUAUAAAUGUAAUAAAUACAACUAUCCACGCGCACGCAAUAUAUAUAAAUAUAUACAUGAUAUGUAAAACCGUUAUAUACUCUAAACUGAUCUGGACUUGUCUUCUUGUGUUCUGUUGCCGACCCUGACCUAACGCCGACCGACGUCUGAACUCUGCCGACAUCGUCUACUUCACCAAAAUCACCUACGCCUGCGGUCGUCUGUCACCUAAACCCCGUCCGAAACCACAACAAUUAUCAUCAUCGGCGACCUCGGGGACGCUGCCGUCGGUACGCUGUACGGUGGCGGUGAACACGAUGUUACCACCGGUGCAGGGUGCCCGACCCCGACAGCCGGACCCGGGCUGAGUUGGUGGACGAUGAUGAACGGCGGCCUGUACGAGGACAGCCCGCCGGCACCACCGCCUCCGUCGUCCGUGUCGCUGCAGCCACCGUCGGUGGACAUCGCGCGCGCCGCGCCGGCGGCCGUCAUUAAGACGUCGCCGUCGUCCACGCCGAUCACGUCCUCCGUCACACCACCGCCACAGCAACAGCAACAGCAGCCACCGCCUCUGUUGCACAUACCGGCAAAGCGGUUGCAAUCGCAUUCCAUUGGCGGUGGCGGCGGCAGCGGUUACGAGUGCAUGGACACUGCCGCCGGUUCGGCGGGCGUCAUCAGACACUCGCACCACCAGUGGAACGCGUACUCGCCCGCCGUCGUCGACCACGCCGCGUUCGACCAGUACGCCGCUCCGCCUCAUCACCACCACCACCACCAGCCGGCCGCGCCGACCUACUACAACCUGGCCGCGGACGCUAGCGGUGGCCACCAUCACCACCAUCACCACCAUCACCGGACGUCCAUGGACGGCGGCGGUGGUGGCGGUGGCGGCGGCGCAAAACCGCCCACCGGCCUGCCGUUCUGGUCACCCGCGGCCACCGACUAUUGCGGCGGCGGUCUCGGUGGCGGUGGCGGCGGCGGCGGCGGCCUCGCCAGUAAAUACACCAACGGCGGCGUGACGCCGUGCAGCAGUUCCGCAGGACCGCCGUCGGCCGCCGACCACCAUCACCAGUUCUCGCAGUCCUGGUGCACCAACUAUUCGCCGUACACCACCACCACGUCUUCGUCGUCGUCGUCGUCCGUUGCCGCUGCAGCCGCGGCCGCAGCCGCAGCCGCCGCUUCGGCGUCCCGACACCCGUCCGGCGGCGGCGGUCCGGCCGACACGCCGCAACCGACGUACCUGCAGUCCGGCAGCCCUGGCGACGACCGGGGCGGCAACAACUCGUCGCGCAUGACGUCCGGCUCGGCCGACGGCCCGGCCGCCGGUCCGUUUGGCCACGACAACGCGUACCAGCCGCCGCCGCCACCGCCUCCGUCGUCGUUGCCGCUCAGGAACUACGGGAGUUCGCACGAUCCCGUCACGUCGACGCCUUACCCGCCAACAGGUUCGUUGUCGAGCAUCGGGAUGGGUGUCGGAACUAACCCGUUGGAGUGGACGGGUCAGGUGACCGUGCGCAAGAAGAGAAAACCGUACUCGAAGUUCCAAACGCUGGAGCUGGAAAAGGAGUUUCUGUUCAACGCGUACGUGUCCAAGCAGAAGCGCUGGGAGUUGGCCCGGAACCUGGCGCUGUCCGAACGCCAAGUGAAAAUAUGGUUCCAGAACAGGCGCAUGAAGAACAAGAAGAACAGCCAGCGGCAGGCCGUGCAACAGCAGCAGCAGCAACAACAGCAGCAGCAGCAGUCCAACAACAACAACAACAGCAACGGUAGCGCCAACGCCAAUCACCAACAUCACAUGCAGGUCAUCGGCGGCCACCACGGCAACGGGCCCAUCAAACACCAUCAGUGACCGUUGCACUACUCUGGAGCCGCCGCCACCGCCGCUGCCCACCCACCGAUGCACAUGCACCACGUACACCAUCAACUACAACCGCUACCCCCGCCGCCACAUCACCUACACCAUCAUUACCCGAUGCAAUCCGUCUAAGUACUGUAACAUCCGAGUAAGUCCGAGUACGACGUAAGUCUUAAUCUAUUUUACAUAACACGAUAUAACACAAAUUAUAUACAUUCGCGGGGAAGAGACCGACUUUUUUUUUAGAGUGGCCAGAAAAUGCCGUGUACGAGUCUACAGCAUUUAUAGGUAUGACAUUAUAUUAUAUCGAUUAAUAUCGGAAACAGAUUUGGCUACGACAUUAACGCCAACGGGAAUGUCUCUCGACGCACGUGAUCGAAUUUCUGCGCCGUCCGUUUACCGUGAAAUUCGUACUCGGGCUAUUCGUAUAGUCCGUAUAGACCAUUCAUAUAGGAAUAUCGUAUAUUCAUAAUUCUUCCAAACCGGACGAGCACCGUCUCCUAUCCCAAAUCUCGCUCAAACACAACAAUAUAAUAACAUUCAGUCGUAGAUUAGCCGUAAAAAUAAGAAACCUCCAAUCGAAAACAAAUAAUGUUUGAAAUUACAAAACGGAAGGGUAAACGCGGUAUUGGUACAUAAAAUAUAUUUUAAUCGCGUAUACGGUUAAUAAUAUUAAUGUGUAUUAUUUUAACAUAUUUAGGUGUACCUUUUUAAAAAUCCAUCGGCUCCAGAGUGUCGACAUUUUAUAAUAUUAUAAUAUGUUAUAAAUCAUAAUGUUUAAACGUGUACAUAUUAUAUAAAUAUACAUAAAAUACAAUUUAAGUUACUACGUUUAUAUGAGAUUAUACUAUUAGGCUAAAUAUACAAUACAUAACGCAAUGUGUUUUUACUAUUUAGAUAUUAUGUAUAUGUGUAUUUAACGAAACGUGUAUAUGCCGCAAUAUAAUGAUGUAGAAUAUUAUAAUAAGUCCCCGAGUUGGACGCGUUCGAGUGUGAUGCGAUGAUAUUAUUAUAAUAAUAUAGCGUCGUUGUAGGUAUUUUAUUUAAAAAUGAGUUAUCGUUUCUUUUUUCCUUUUUUUUUUUUACUUAGCCUCUAACUUAAAUAAUAAUAAAUAUUAUAAUAAUAAUAAUGAAUAAUGAUAUACAUAAAACUAUAUAGAUCGUUUCUCGAAACAUAACCAGUGGUUUUUAUAUAUUUAUUAUUAUAUUAAUAAUUUUUUUUUAGACGAAAAACUAUCGAUCUCCGUCUUUAAGCAAGUUUUAGCGUUUUCUUAUAUUUUUUUUCUAAUAUUUAAAUAAAAAAUGUGUCGUGUAAAUAUGUAAUAUAACUUACUAUACUAAAUAAUUAACUAAAGAUAUUUAUAAUAUACGCAUAGGUAUUGUACAAGUCGUAUGCAUAUAAUAUAUAAUAUUGUUUAAUUUAAACUGCAGUUGUAUAGGUAGAUGUUAGUCGGUUUUUUUCGAUUUCUCAAUAUUUCCCCUAUAGUAUUUAUAUUAUAAAACAUUGUUCACACACACCUAUUUAUAUAUAUAUAUAUACAAUCAUUGCAAAAUGUAUGUACGACAAUAUUAUUUAAACAGUAAGACAAGACAGUUACAAAAAUACAUUAUAGCUAUAUGAAAACGGUUUAUCGCGGCUUUCGUUUUGUUAAGUUUUUUUUUUAUACAUUGUAGCUAAAGCAUUUAAUUGCAUAUUUUACAAUUCUUUAUAAUAUACACACAUUUUUUUUCAUAAAAAAUAAAAAUAAUUACCAGUCUUAUUGAAGUAUUAGAUCGCAAUUUAUUUGAAAUAUAUCUGCGAAAUAAAUAAACGUGUAAUUUUUCUUUCUAUUGUUUUUUUUUUUUUUUUUACGUUAUUUAUGUUCUGGUUAUGUAUGACUAUUAUUUUGUUAUAUUAGUUUCAUUAUUAUUAUUUUUAUUAUUAUUAUUAUUACUAUCAUCAUCAUUAUUAUUAUUAUAUUUUUUUUCGUUCGGUUCAACUUUAGUGUUUUAAACAUUAUUUAUUGGUGCCAAAAUCUAUUUUAUUAUUGUUUUUAAUGCGAUCCUCCCCUUACCCAUUCUUUUGAAAACGCUUUAAUCGUUGCGUAUACCGCGUUUAUAUAAAUAUAUAUAAUAGGUAAUUUUAAUGUAAUAUUUAUACAUUAUAUAAAAAACGAUUGAACUCAAUUUUUCUUUUUAAAAUAGAUUUCAGGAAAAAAAUUAUUUUACUGUAUAUAUUAAUAUUAUAGAUUAUGGGAAUAUAAAAAAAAAGUAUUUAUAAUUUAUUAUGACAUUGUAUUAAUGAACGAACUCGCGCGACCGAUAUAUUUUGUCCAAUAUUAUUAUAUCGUCAUCUGUAUCGACCUAAGUAUUUAGUAUACUAAUAAUUUAAUGUUAUUUGAGCGUAAUUAUAUUAUAAUAUAAUUUAAUAUAAUGUAUUACAAUAACACUUACGCAGCAUAAGAAUGUAAUAUGGGCAAUAUGAAAAACUGAAAAAUGUGAUUAUAUUCGGUUCGCGUCAAUUGUAUAUGUACUAAUGUUAAACGAAAUGGAUAAUAAUUUUUUUUUAUUAUUAUACCUAUUGUACCUUGUAAAUUUUGAUUUAUUUGUAAGUUAGUGUAAUUUUUUUUUGUUUUUUGCUAAUUAGUAGACUACAUAUUAUUAUUAUUAUUAUUAUUAUAAUUACGUGUAAAUUGAAUUCUAUUUCAAAAUUUGCUACAUACAUAUUAUUAUAUAUUAUUUACUAUUUGUCCUAAAUAUAUUAACCCGAUUUGUUAUAUUAGUAUUUUAAAAAGAAAAAAAAACGAUACAAAAAUCAGCGUUAA